AUGAGUCACAUUCUGAAUAUGCUCGUGUUUGGUGCAAUUGGUGCAACCUCAUUAAUAUUGUUCAAGAUACUCUAUAACAUCUUCCUACACCCCCUCCGACACUACCCCGGACCAAGAUGGUGGGCUGCCACUCGCCUUGCCUGGUCCCAUUCCUUGCAAUCGGGGAUGUACCACCUCAAACUCGCCCAAUUCCACGAGCAAUACGGCCCAGUGGUGCGAGUCGCUCCUGAUGAGCUGUCUUAUAUCGAUCCCGAAGCCUGGAAGGACAUCUACGGUAACCGCAACAUCCCAAAGAACCGUGUGUGGGCGGGCCAAGAAGAAGAACAUCGUCCUAUUAGCAUUGUCAGUACGGAUGAAGCAACGCAUUUGCGAAACCGCAGAGCACUUGCUGGAGCAUUCACCGAGCAUGCAAUCAUCGAACAUGCACCUUUGCUCGAAGGCCUUGUUGACACCAUGAUGCAGAAACUCAGCGAAGCAACUAAGCAAGGCUCCGGCUCCGCUAUCGUAAACUUCACAGAUUGGUUCAACUGGCUAACCUUCGACAUCUCGGGCCUCCUCUCCUUUGGCGAAUCCUUCGGAAGCGUAGCAGCCGCGCGUGCACACCCCUGGGUCGAAAUAAGCUGCAGUUUCGGUAAGGGAAUUGCGCUCAUGGCUUCCAUCAAUUUCUUUCGACCCUUGAAUAAACUGCUGAAGCUUGCUAUGCCGAGGGCGAUCAUGGAAAAGAUGACAUAUCACAAGGAACUAGCUCAUGCGAAGUUCAUGCAGCGGCUCGCUAUGAAGCAUAAGGACAAGGCACAGGACUACGUGGGUUCGAUACUAGCGUAUAAUCAAGAGAAGGGAGAGACCAAGAUCCCCGAUGACGAGAUCGAAACGAACAUGACGGUGCUUAUUUUUGCGGGGAGCGAGACGACGAGUACUUCUCUUACAGCAAUACUGACUCAGCUUUUGCAAAACUCUGCUGCGUUGACGAAAGUCGUAACAGAGAUUCGCCAGAAUUUCUCGAGCGAAGAAGAUAUCACCAUCGCCAAUGUGGGCAAGCUGGACUACCUCGAUGCCGUGAUCCAAGAGGGCAUCCGAAUGGGUCCCCCAGUAGCUGUGGGUCUUCCUCGCAUCACACCAAAUGAAGGCGAGAUUAUCUCUGGUCAAUAUGUACCAGGUAACACAUUCGUCUCAGUGAACCAAUACCCAACCUUUCGUUCCGCCCUCAACUUCACCGACCCGGAUCUCUUCGUGCCUGAACGCUUUCUAACUAACUCGCCAUAUCCGUCUGAUCGUAUGGAUGCCUUUGUUCCGUUCCUGCUCGGACGCCAUAAGUGCAUAGGUCAGAAGCUUGCUUGGGCAAUCAUGCGGGUGACGUUGGCGCGGCUGUUUUUCAAGUUCGAUCUAGAGGCAAUUGGGCAGGUUGGUGAUUUUGGGUUGCAGAAUAAUUAUAUGUUUUGGGAGAAGAGGGCGCUGAAAGUGGAGGUGCGGCCUAGAUGA